AUCAGCAGCGGCUGCGGCUGUCAAGCAUCUGUCACGCGAGUUCGCACUCAUUAAAGUGGCACGAAAAUGUCUUUGACUAGCCCGUGACCGAUUUCAGCGGAGGCAGUUGGCCGUCAAAGCCGUCGACAUGGCCUACUCGUUGACAGCCGUCGCUUGCCUGUUGAUCGCUGGCGCCGCCGGCUGGCGCGUUCCCCCCUCUCACAGACAGCAAAACCUGUUGCCAUGGGAGGAUACGAGAUGGGAGAUUGCCAACAAGAGCAUGCUGGGCCAAGUGGCCGGCGUUGCUGUCAACAGCCGGGGCCAGCUGUACGUCUUUCACCGGGGCCCAGUCGUCUGGGAUGAAACGUCAUUCACGGCUGGCCAUGUGUAUCGACACCAGAAUGCAGUCAUCAAGGAACCAACCAUUUGUGUGGUGGACCCGCAGUCCGGUGCCCUGAUUCAUCACUGGGGCCAGAACAUGUUCUACAUGCCGCACAGCAUUCAUGUUGAUGCCGAUGACCACGUGUGGACGACGGAUGUGGCAUUACAUCAGGUUUUCAGGUUCGGUUCUUCAGGACCUCCACUGGCAUUGGGUCAUGCUUUUGAACCGGGCAGCGGUCGAAACCACUUCUGCAAGCCGACAGGCGUUGCGUUGGGCCCGUCUGGACGUAUCUUUGUCAGCGACGGCUACUGCAACCACCGCAUUGCCGUAUUCAACCGAGAUGGAAACCACCUGGCUGACAUAGGGCUCCAAGAGCGCAUGCUGGUGCCACACGGUCUAGCCUACGUGCCCACCAUGAACGUGGUGUGCGUGGCGGACCGUGAGCGGCGCCGGGUGCUCUGCUACUGGGCGGGUGCACGAGGCCCUCGAGCGGGCCGUGACCUGGGCGACCUUGUGCUGGCCCUUGGGGAACACCUGCAGCGUGUGUAUGGCGUCGCUGCUAGAGGGCACACCCUGUAUGGCGUACAGUCCUUGGCCCCCAACCAGUCGUCGGCAUUCCAGCUGGAGCUUGAGCCAAGUGCCACACCUGAGCGCUUCACCCCAGAAUCUGUGCCAAUGGUGCAGCCACAUGCCAUCACACUCUCUCCUGACGGUCAGUCACUUUAUGUUGCUGAUCUGGACAGCCCGCGUAAGGUGUUCAAGUUCCGCCUCUGAACUCGCACGGACCAACUGCUGCACCUUAGUCAUUCUACACCAGCCAGGGGCCAUCUCCAUUCCGAAUGGACGUAAGGAGCCAUAGCCCCACAACUUUAACAUCUUGAAAACAGCACAAAAACAACACGGACAAAAAAGAGAGAUGAAAGUGCGCACUGCACUGAACUCAAAUACUCAUUUAAAUACCAACAACCUAUUGCCCAUGGGACCACUUAGCACAUGGUGUCGGAAGGCACUAUUCUGAAUCCUAAAGAUUAACAACAAGCCUUUCCAACCACCUUCACAGCCUCAAAGAUUGCAAUGGUUUUCUUCUUCUGUUGUAUCUUCCUCUGUCUGUGUUGCUUUCGCAUUGUUUUCAAGAUGAUCAAGGAGCACAGUAGACUCACAGUAAAUGGCGAUCUGUUAAUUGGAACUGCUGUUUCAAUGAAACAAGGGCUUUCGAUAAGAUUGAUUCCGUUCUUACUUUUGCACACCUGAUCAUCUCAGUAAACCGAACUCCUGUCAAACAAAAGAUAUUUUCCUGUUCCCACCAGGUUCUGUUUAAUGAGAGUCUACUGUAUUACUAGCUGGUUUAGCGAUCCAUUAUUCUGUAGUGUCACAACGCAACUGUGAGCUCACGGUUUCGUAGCAGUGUCUCACAUCUGCCGUCAGUGGGCCGCUGGUCACCAAACAGAUGCGGUGAAGCACCGCCUAUGGUAUACAAAAUGUUCUGCUUGUUGCCUUAUUUCAAACAAAACUUAAGGCUUAUAUUCCAGUGAACACUCGCAACAGCUUCAUGCAUGGUUGUAUCGUUCGAACAAACUGUGAUCGCAGAUUUCCUUUUGCCAUCCACAAAUACCAGUAAUGCAUCCAAGUAUGUAUACUUAGUAUACAGUUCUACCUCGAUAUAAUAUACCUGGAUGUAAUGAAGCCUAUGAUAUAACAACAUAAAUGUGGAACACCUAUCAUCAAUAUCGGCAAGUAACAAAUAUACUAUUUAACAAACGUAGUGUUUUGCUUUUUAGCGUAACCUUUUCAUGGUGAGGUUUUGAAUCUAGGUUUUCGAUUGUAAUGACAGAAUCCUAUUUCCGCAUUGUUUUUAUUUGUUUUUCUAAAUGAAAGACCAGCAAAGCUAUUAAUUGCUUGUCUGUGGAGCUUUCAGACUGCUUAUCGAACAAAGGAAGAUAUAGUCCAGUGUAGUCCAAAGACAUUGUCUCUCAAACAGAUAUUGUUUAACUCGAUUCACUCUUGCAUGGCUCAACUCAUGAUAUAAUGAUGUAAAUAGUCAGCAACGUUACGGAGACUGUGCAAAGCUGGUGAGCUUGACACAGUAUCGAAAAAACUCUGAGUCAUUAACGCUUACUCAUUUGUGCCGAGUCACGCAAGAUCUCACUAAUGUAGUCAUACAUUCCUUAAAACGAUUUCUCGGGAUACUAUAUUCGCAUUUGUCUCGCAAAGAUGACUCCUUCUCGAAGCAUUGGUUUUGCACUGACGUCUCUUCUGUUCACAUACUGCUAAUCAGCGUAUCUUUACAAGGAAGCUUCAUGAACAAGGCGUGAACAAGCGAAGAAAACCAUGGAACACAAGCAUUGUUGGUUUUGUCAGUUUACUCUUUGUCGGCUUUGUUUGAUGGUCAUGUUGAUUUACAUAUUUUACUAGCUCAUUUUUGUUAUCAUAUUGUUAUUUGCAUGUUUUCAUAACGACUUGAUACACUAGGUCUUAAAAACUGCUCUUCAAUGGAAUUCAUUUGAACUUCCUGGCAUGAGACUAGUCUACACUUGAGGCCAGUUAUAGUAAACUGCAUAAACAGAUAGGUAAAUAAAUAAAGUAAUAGAUAAACUAUAAGCUCUUCUAUUAGAUCAAUACCUGAAGCUGGGCUUUUACAGUGUCUAAAAUUCUGUCCAACUCAAGUUGCCUCAAAUCCUUGUAACAAGCAUAUAUAUAAGCAUACUUCUUUGUUGUUGGCUGUGAUAAUGCUGCUCGAUUUUUGUAGAGGGCGGAAAUUAUUAGUAAGCUUUACAAAAUUUUUCUGGUCUAUAAUAUGUUGUUCUACUAGAUGGCAUGGUGUUGUCAUUAAUAGUAUUUCUGACUGCUUUUAGAUGUUUACGACAAUUUUAGAAACCACACAGUAUUCAUAGUUUCAUAGCAAUUUCUGUUGUCUUGUGUUGGAACUAGCUGUCGGAGUGUCUUUACAGCGCGCUAAAAGUCAUCACUAUUAUAUCUGUACUUACAUAUUCACAUGCUUGCAUUUUAUGUGCAUACAUAUGCAUGUGUUUCCUGGUGUUAGAUAGGCAAAUCUUCCUGUGAGUGGAGAUCCAGAGCGACAACUGGCCUUACGUCUUUGAAAUACAUUAACAAAUUGUGAUUCCAUCAUUUUUGAUGCGAUGUGACGUUGUUAUUGCAAUGAAGGUUAUUGUCGCUAGAGCAACAAAAUUUAUCACUUGUUGUAACUCUGGUAGACACUGAACAAAUAGAGCACAGACAGGAAAAUAUGACACGCAACUUGCAACGUCCCACUAAUGCCAUCAACGUGUGUUAUCACUGCAAGGUUGACAGUGUUCAGCGUUCAUUGACAAUUAAGCUUUUUAUUGCUCAAGUCGGAUAGUUUUCACAUGACCUGUCAUUCUAAAUGUAGUGGUUCCUUUCUAGCAUUGUUUCUGAAUUAUAAAUUUGUAUGUCACUUAGUGGGCUUAUUCCAGAGACAUUACUUGAAGUCCCAUGACAGUUUAGUUCACUUGAGUCAUUUCGUUGAUCAGCUACAACUCAUUUCAUUCACACACAUCAAAAAUUCUCUGACUGCAGCAAUCGCUCAGGUCUUUAUAUGCUGGGAACAUGCUUUUGACAGGACAAUUGAUCAAAUGUCUUACCCAGCUUUUGAAACAAUGUUUCAAUGACACGUUAGAGUAUGAAGUAAAACACACCUUGUAUGUGCCUGCAUGGCUUAGUAAGCUAAAACACACCUUGUGUAAUGUUGUGAUGUCACAGUAAGUAGUUCUAGUCAAUUACAUUCAAUGUUACGUGUUCCAUAUAUUUAUAAAACAGUGCACUUGGCCCUAGUAACCAAAAAUACAAAAGUGAAUUAUGGGAGCCUCUGAGAUUGUUUCCACUGUGGAGAAGUUUGUUCUCGAAAACGAUUGCUUGUUACUGUUCAGGAAGGUAAAGGGAGUAUAGUUUGUCGAUCACUCUCGUGGGCGCAGUGACGGGCACAAGGUUUCAGAUUACUUGGUGUGAAGAAAAUUGGUUUCAACGAGCGACGGCAUUCUUCAAGAGUACGUCGAAAGCCCGCCUGGCCGGCAUGAAACAUUCUAAAAGAAGUGAUAGGGACGCCGACCAAAAUGAUUUAAAAAACUAAUGCAUGUUGAUGUUUCGGCUCCUCCAAGAAAUCCAUGUUCAAAUACAUUCACUUUUAAGUCAUAUGAUCAGAGUCCAAAUCUCUUCCUCUAGGACAGCAUUCUUUGCAUUGUGCUGAAAACCAACUCAGCCGCAGACACCUACGUGUCAAGUGUUUAACAGCAUGAAGUCUCGCAAGUGUAACUGCGGUUCCGAAAGUGGUAAAGAGUACUGCUGUUUACGCUAACAAGGAUUUGAAUCUGCAUGCUGUUAUGCGGUGCAAACGCGUGCCAUCAGAAAGUCUGUUCAGCUUUAGAGGUGUUGAUGGGGCUCUCUUUAUUGCUGCUGUUGUAUUAAUGAUGCCGUGAUUCUCAUGUUCAUGCAGUGAUCUCAGAACUCUUAUUAUUGCAGCCUUUCUCUAGUCAUGUGCUGCCUGCCCUUGUAAUGUGUGUACCCUUAUGUCACAAAAAUAAAAUGUUACACCAAAAAAA